AUGAUGAGGAGACACGCUCUAGCCGGCGGAGGAGGCCUCCUAAGCCUGGGCAUGGUAUGGAGCCAGGCUAUGUGCGCAAAGGCAAGCAACGGACACGGUCACCACUCGGCCUUCGCCUCCGCCCCGCCGCGGCCUUCUGGAAGUUCCGCCGUUGGCGUUGGUGCUGGUGCUACCUUUGGUGGUCGUGCUAGUAGCGCGGGGGUUGACGCAGGGACGAAGGGGAUUCGGCCCGGCAGCCAGCAGAGGAGGCUUUGUGGCGGGGGUGACGGGGAGGGCGGGGGAGGGCGGGCUGGAAGGCGUGAUCACUCUCAGCUGAUCUUCGUCGGGGCGGGGUCCAGCACGGCCGUUCCUAGCGCCUUUCUCCUCCUCCACCCGGAGCUGGACACUAAGCAGACGGCGAUCGCUCAGCUGUCGGUGGCGACACCACCAGAAGUAAACAAAAACUACAGGGGUGGUGCGGAGUAUGGGGUGGUGCUGCACGUGCCCUGGGAUGAAUUGUGCAUCGCUACUGCCAAGCUCAAAGAUUAUGCAACAGCAAAGUGGAAGGUACGUUUCUCCUGGCGAAAGCGCAAGUUGCCGAUGUGGUCUCAUUUCGAUUGCUUCGCGAGAGCGCUUAUUCCAGGGGCAACUGGAAAGGUGCUAGUGAGAAUAGCCAAGGAGAGGCGGGUCACUCCCAACAGCGACAGCGACGGCGAUAGUGAUGGGCGGUCACAAGCGUCACAAUCGGAAGAAGUCACGAGUGAGGGACGGAGCAACACGCAAGUCAAGCACGUGCAGAUAGACACAGGGAAGACAUGGCGGGAAGGCGCCAUCAGAUGGUUCCCGAGGCACGGGGUGCGUGGAUUGGACGGGAUCGUCUUGACGCACGAUCAUGCGGACGCCAUGCUUGGCCUUGACGAUGUUCGGAGCAUACAGGACUCAAGGAAGCGAACUCCAACACCUGUUCACGUGUCCGAAAGGACCGACCGGUCUGUACGAAGGGUUUUCCCCUACUUGGUGGGGCGUGAAGAUGACAACGGGGCGGGCGGGAGGUUCGUGGCGGCCUUGAACUUCAACGUCUUUCAAGAUUUCCAGCCGUUCGAGGUUGGAGGGUUAGAAAUCACCCCGUUUCCGGUGAUGCACGGAGAGGACUACGUCUCCCACGGGUUUCUCUUCGGACCAGAAGGAAACAAGAUCUGCUACAUCUCCGACGUCAGCCGAGUGCCGCCGGAGAGCAUGGAGUUCUUGGAGAAACACGGACCGAUGCAGCUGCUGGUCUGCGAUGCUCUCAUGGUGUCCAAGAAGCACCGCACUCACUUUUGUGUCGAGGACAGCGUGGUGUUGGCAGGCCAGCUCAAAGCCCGGAGGACCUUGCUCGUGGGUCUGGGCAGCGACAUCGAGUACCACGCCACUAACGCGAUGCUGGCGUCCCGAGAAGAAGAAGAGUUGGGCAUGCCGCACGUGCGGCUUGCCUACGACGGACUCGCCGUUGAUGUCGACUUGUGA